AUGGCCGAUCCAGCUACUGCUCCGCGACGCCUGAAAGUUGCAAUCAUCGGAGCCGGCAUCGCAGGACUCGCUGCGGCCGUCGUCCUCCGAAAGUCUCAUGAUGUGACAAUCUACGAAAAAGGCUUCAUGCAACGUAAAGAGCAAGGUGCGGCGAUUGGCGUUGCGCCAAACGGCGCAAAGAUUCUGCAUCGUCUCGGUAUCACCAAAGACGAUGUUCGCGGGGUUGCGAAUACCGGAGUCAGAGUCUUUAGUACAGAGGGUCAUCUGCUCAACGCCGCGAACAUGGCGUAUGAGAAGGUAUUCGGGACAGAAUAUCUGUUUGCGCAUCGUCAGGAUGUGUGGGAGGCACUGUACAGAGCUGCGACGAAGAAGGCUUUCGGUGAAGAAAGGCUGAGGGACGUGGAAGUCUUGGAGCGGAGAGGCGUGAAGGCCAUCGAUCCACUUACGGGUUCAAUCCAGUUCAUCGAUGGAACUUCUGCUAAUACUGAUCUUAUCAUUGGAGCCGAUGGAAUUCGGUCCGUAACCAGGGAGGCAGUAUUAGACGGGAAGACUUCAGUGCCAGUAUCCUCCGGGUUGUCGUUGUACAGAUUUACACUGCCAAUGGACACGGUCAAAUCGUUACUUGGCGAUCUACCACCUCCGCUCUCACAAGUGGAAGGUGCAAAGCUGUCUGUAGUUGUUCCAAAGGAUCGCUCGAAUCGUUCCAUCGUGGUUUAUCCGUGUCAAAACAAUGGCGUUCUCAACUUUGGCAUCACGGUACCGAAUACGCUUUUGAACUCUGUUGGAACAGAGUCGUGGUCGGCAGAUGGGGAUAUAGCUGAGAUGAAAGAGAUUUUCAAGGACUUUCCGCUUUGGGCUCUCACUUUGAUGAGCUCUACUGAAAGUCUACAGCUAUUCAGCUGCUAUGACAUGGACCCAAUUCCUACAUAUACGCGUGGUCGCACGCUCUUGAUUGGCGAUGCCGCCCAUCCCAUGCGCCCAUUUCAAGGUCAGGGAGCGAACAUGGCUUUGGAGGAUGCCGAAGCGCUGACCUUGUUUGAUCGCGACGAUAUUUCUGACGAAAAGAUCGAGGAGCUGCUCCGGGUUAUUGAUGGUGUUCGGAAUCCAAGAGCUUCUCAGGUUCAGCUUCAUUCUCGGAUCCCGGCCAGGAAUGUGUUGGACGAUGACGGCAGGAAGCGUAUGAUGUUCAAUUGGACUUACGGCGGGAUACAGCAUGCAAUUGGGAGAAAGAUCUAG